UAUAGCAACCUAUCCAAUCACUCCGUUUUUGGUUUUCCACAAGGUAUUCAUUCAUCAAUGGCGACUGGUUUAAUCCGACGAGCGAUUUCUAGGGUUCAGUCAUCAGCACCGGCGGCGAGGCUACUCGUUGCCAGAGCUCACGCUUCUGACUCCCAAGCACAGCAGGUAGAAUCUAAGCCCAAUCUCAAGUCAUUUCAAAUUUACCGAUGGACUCCAGACAACCCAGGGAAACCCGAGCUCAAAGAAUACAAAAUCGAUCUGAAGGAAUGCGGACCUAUGGUUUUAGAUGCGCUAAUCAAAAUCAAGAAUGAAAUUGACCCUACACUUACCUUCAGGAGAUCCUGUAGAGAAGGGAUCUGUGGGUCCUGUGCUAUGAAUAUCGACGGAUGUAAUGGACUCGCUUGUUUGACCAAGAUCUCGUCGGAUUCUGAAUCGACGAUUACGCCGUUGCCACAUAUGUUUGUGAUUAAGGAUCUGGUGGUGGAUAUGACUAAUUUCUAUAAUCAGUAUAAGUCUAUUGAGCCUUGGCUUAAGAGGAAGACACCUGCACCAACGCCUGGGAAGGAGAUACCACAGAGCAAGAGCGAUAGGGCUAAGUUGGAUGGAAUGUACGAGUGUAUUCUAUGUGCUUGCUGUAGCACAUCAUGCCCUAGCUACUGGUGGAAUCCAGAGUCUUAUCUUGGUCCCGCUGCACUCCUCCAUGCCAACCGAUGGAUCAUGGAUAGCCGUGAUGAAUUUACUCAGGAGCGCCUGGACGCAGUUAAUGAUGAAUUCAAGCUUUAUCGCUGCCAUACUAUUCUGAACUGUUCUCGUGCUUGCCCAAAGGGCUUAAAUCCUGGGAAGCAUAUUCAGAACAUCAAGAAGCUGGAGAUGGCACCUUGAGCCUGCAGUGUAGUGUUCCAGUCUUUUCUGCUAAGAUUGAUUUUGAAGGACUAGUAGGAGGUUGUGUCUCAAAAUAAUGUAUGCACAGAUUGUAAUUUACUCUCUGAGAUCUUUUUUAUACUUGAAUUUGGGAUGAAAGGUGCAUCUCCCUGAAAUAUAAUACAGUAUCAAUUUCAAGUACAUUGCUCCAUAAUGCAUUUAAGGCAGUUUGUGUUU